UAAUCCUGGCCAUGACAGACUGAGAGGCCAGCUGCCUGACAGUACAGGAGCCCUUUAGAGAAAGGACUGUAGGAAGUGGUGAAAAAAGACUAAAACAUGAAUAAUCUUGUGAGUGAACUGGAGGUAACAGAGAGAGGUGUUUAUAAUGAGGUUAUUUCGCUCCUGGCGCAUAUAGCUGACCAAGAUAAGAACAGAAUUGCCCUCAGGAUUGCCUCUAUAGCAAAGACCAAGCUGGUUAGUGUUGUGAGAGUUCUACUGGAGAAACUGCAACAGGAUGAGCAAAACAGAGUAGCCAUCUACUAUAUCCUGGAGGGGGUGUUACAGCAGGACACCGGGGGCCUAGAGAUGAGGCUAGUGAACAAAAUUAUAAGCCUAGCCUCAGAGCAGAUGAGAGAGACUCUGGAAGCAACAAAUGAGGUAAAAGUGGCAGCUAGCAACACGUUAGUGACUCUGGCAAGCUGCUAUUUUGAUGAUGUCAUGUAUGAGCUGCACUGUCACCUGAAACCACCGAAGCUGCCUGAAGAGUUUAUUUUAGUUACACUGGGCAACCUGUCAUCAGCCUAUGCACUUGACUGUAUCCCUUUUGUGGAAAUGAACCUGAGCACCAUGUUCUCCAUGCUGGAGUUAGUCAAUGACAGCAGGAUGAGACAAGCAUUUUGCGGUGUUCUGGAACAAUGGUCAAGGGCAGUACGUCUCUUUUUGGCUAGCUGGGAAAAGUACCCAUUCCCCAAAGUGGGCGGUGCGGCUCUGCAAUCAUUUUCUUCCGUCUACUCUCAUGUGACCAGCAACUGGCUGACCUGUGAGGAGCUGGAGCUCAAGCAGGCUGUCAUCAAAGCCCUUGGUCCCAUGAUGAGUCUCCUGCUACACAAAGAGGAGUAUCAAGGUCAGAUAUUUGAACAGAUGUCAUGGCUUCUUGAGCAAUAUAAGGAGAGCACUGAUGUUUUUCACGUCACCAAGAGUCUGAGCCAGCUCUUGGAGGUCUCGGGUGAAUAUAAGAUCCCUCUCCCUAAGAGGAAGUUUCAAGCCAUCUGCAGUGCUCUGCACAACCAGCUCUGUUCUCAAGCUAAGCCGCUCAGCAUGGAAAAUCACACAGAGCUGGUCUAUUGUAUAGUUCAGCUAGCCCGUUCUUCUCCUGAUGAUCUGAUAGCCUUUCUGCACUCGCAGCUGGAGAUUGAGAAUGAGGCUGUUUGUGUGGCAUCUCUGAAUCUGCUCAGAGCUAUUGUUAGUACUGACUGUAAGUAA